CCGGACUGACAUGCGGGGCGGACUAGCCCUGUGCUGGGCGUCCCGCCGCAUGUCUGGGAAGAUGAUCGUAAACGAAAAACUCGGAAUGACCCCCAUUGUGCCCAGGGUCCACAGCUAUUGCCAUUCACUGCUUUUGUUGCCGAUGUGAGACGGAGACUUGUAUCUGCUGAGGUUUAUGUAGCUUCAUUUAUCUUUAUGGUCUCUGUGGCAGCGCCUGUGCGCCUGGGAGCGCAGCUGUUUCCUCCGACACUCCUACGAUACUGCCAUAACACGCCCCAUGAGGCGGACUUUUUUGCAUUCACUUCAAGCCACCUCCCAGUCUCUGCCCAUUUCUGAUACUGUCUGUCACAAUCACAACGGCGCCCCUGUGGGGUACACUCCGUGUAACGCAUGCUCCGUAGGGGUUCUCUGUGCGGAUUGCACACUUGCAAAUAAUCGCUCAGUUUCGGGAACAUCAUAUAAAAUGCAAAUUUAUACCAACGUAUAUAUCACACGUGUAUGACUAGGGACCUGGGGGGUAAUUCAGACUAGAUCACCGCAGCGGCAGCAAUCACAGUCUGAAUUCUUUUAUGGAGUGCGCUCGGGCAGCUGGGCGCACUGCGCUGGUGCACCCCGGGAGCCCAGUGACAUGCUAAAAGCAUCUCAGGGCUGCGGUCGCCUCUGUCUGAUUGACAGGCAGAAGUGGUCGCAGGGCGGGAGGGGACGUGCCAACGGCAUUAGAACGCCGUUGGCGGGGCGCAGUCUUGACAUCCCAGGUGUGUCCGAUCAGUUGCGAGGGCGGGCCGCGGUGGGUAGCCGCCUGCCGGUGUGCAGGAGCUGCACUGGCAGGGAGCUACUCACCGGGUGCAAAAGCAAUGCCGCUGUGCAGUGCUUUUGCACCCGUGCGGGGAAAGGCAGAGCCAGACGUGCGGGGCGGACUAGCCCUGUACUGGACGUCCCCCCACAUGUCUAAAUUUAGCACAUCUAUGAUCAGAUCUGAAUUAGGCCCCUGUUUUAUUUCCUUAUACAGUUGUGCAAUGAGAAAAUAGAAAUACCCAGCGGGGAAUCCUCGGCAGUCGGGCGACAGAACGUGUAACGUGGCCCUACACAGACGGAGCAAGUAGCCUAGUUUGCCAAAAAAAUAAAAAUUCCAUGAAACUCAGUUUGCUCAUCCAGGUGCUUCAUUAACGUGUUUGGAUAACAAUGACCACUUACCUGGUGUGACAUAACUCAGCGCAAAGCAGGUAAUCCAUAUGUGACAGAAAAUACAGACACGUGAAACUGACUGCUCCUCACGAGCUACACUAGCUGAACAGCCAAUCACGAGCGGUCUCUCAGAUAGCCAAUCACAUAAGAGUCUGCUCCUGACUGGCUGACAACGAUCCCUUCAUUUUGCUUCGGGUGUUCCUCAGGUGCGGCCUGUACAUUCUGUUUGGCUUUUUAACCACCACUUAAAACUUGGGACGGAUUCAUUUUUACCUAGCGUGAAACAUGGAGGAUCAGACCUCCAAGCCAGCACUUGUAAAACACGGAUAUCUGACAACUGGGGGGAGAUUUAUCAACGUUUGGAGAGAGAUACAGUGGGGAGAGAGAUAAACUACCGGCCAAUCAGCUCAGAACUGUUAGAUUUCAAACACAAACUGUCAGGAGCUGAUUGGCUGUUAUUUUAUCUCUCUCCAAGCUUUGAGAAAUAACCACAGUUUAUCUCUCUCCACGUUGUCUCUGUCCUAGGUUCAACACAUCAUACUUUGUUUCUCUCCACUUUAUCUCUCUCCAAGACUCCUGGGCUGAAAGCCCCGCAAUGUAAGCGGGAGCCGGUAUCCUGCCCAGCAGUCCCCUUCUGGUCACAUCCAAGCAGAGCUAUUAUUAUUUCUUUUAUUUUUGUCUUUUAAGGACUGCCUUCACCCAAACUAAGCAGAGGAUGCGAGAGGAGCAGCUGACGUCAAAGUCUAAGUAAACUGAGGGCUGGUUCCUGUAUCCCUGAGACUCUGGCAGUCUGCACACUGCAGUCACUUCAUCCUGGAUGCCGGGAGAUCUGCGGCUGAUCCCUCCUCACUCGCUUGUCAACAUAGGUCGACAUGGACACCGUCUAGGAGUACCGCGUCCCCUCGCAUAGCUCGCCAUACUUCGGGCACGGCGCUCGGCACACUAUUAUAUCCCUCCUCCGGGUCCACUGGGAUGGUACAUCCAGCUGUGGACUGGGUCACACCACUUGGCUUCAUGUAGGUUCUAUGGUGCUGAAAAUCACUGUACGGCUUCACAAACUCAUCUUAUGUUUAAUAAACAGGAUCCUUUGACGUAGUCUGCUGCCUCUCUCUCAUAAGAUCGAUUUGAGGAGUGACCAUGGAGUGCCUACUGGGCCAAACGCCUGACAUGGUCAACCACACCUUGGCUAACAUGAAGCAGAAUAGUUCUCAGGCCAACACAGAAGACCUCCAGUCGAACUCACUGACGGACUUAGAUGAGGUGUUACAUAAUAAGUUUUAUCGUCUUUGGGUUGCGCUGCUAGUCAUUAACACCCUCAUUUUCCUGGUGGGUAUAAUAUUAAACAGUUUGGCCAUCUAUGUGUUUUGCUUCCGGACCAAAGCAAAGACCACAUCAGUCAUCUACACCAUCAACCUGGUGGUGACCGACCUCCUGGUAGGCCUCUCUCUACCGACCCGCAUCAUCAUGUACUACAGCGCCAAGGCUUGCCGAACCUGUGCCUUUGUCCACAGCUUCACCUACUUUGUGAACAUGUAUUGCAGUAUUAUUUUUCUGACCUGCAUUUGCGUCGACCGCUACAUGGCUAUCGUGCAGGCUGAGGCAUCGCGCAAGUGGCGGAACCCUAACUAUGCCAAGUGCAUCUGUAUUUUUAUUUGGAUAUAUGCCGUCGUGGUCACCUUCACCAUCUUGACCACUACCAUUGGUCACCCGAAGUGCUGCCUCUACCAGCUCUUCACACUGACCAUUUUUGAGUACUUUGUGCCUCUUAUAAUCAUCACCUUCUACACUUUACGGAUCAUGUGGGCCUUGUCCAGGUCAACGCUGAUGAACCAGAGCCGGGAGAGGCGCAUGAAGGCCGUGCAGCUCCUCAUCACUGUGCUGAUCAUCUUCACCGUUUGUUUCACGCCCAUUCAUGUCAGCCAGGUGGUCUUCUGCACCAAGACGUCCGUGCCCCGCGACGUCAUACUCAUCGUCUACCACGUCACGGUGACUCUCAGCAGUCUCAACAGUUGUAUGGACCCGAUCGUCUACUGCUUUGUCACCAACAACUUUCAGUCCACGAUGAGAAGCAUCUUUCGAAAGCAUCGACCCGAGCAGGCGAGUAUAGACAUUGUGAGUCUAAACAAGAACUCCAAAGGUUCGGGGACAAUGACGGCCAUAUCCAACGCAAUAGUAACCCUGCCUUUACAACAUAGCAAUCUUAUAUAGUGCUGACAAGUGUCCAGCAAUUGCUAACCAGACAGUGAACAUAGUAUUUAAAGACUUGGGGACUGCGCACAACCUGUGAUCUUAGGACAACAGACUCAUUCCUAAGAAGAUAUAUUUGUACAUAGGCGAAUUAAAUUGUAGGAGUUUAGUUUUUGUUUUUUCCAUUUUUCUUUUCCUUUUUUUAAUUAAAGCUAAUUAAUUACCCUUGUGCUAAAUUGAUGCUUAUAAACUGAACGUGCAAUAAAUUAUUUUGGUCUCGUCGGCAGAGCAGGUGAUGACAUUUGCCUUUAAAAAAUGUUACGUAGUU